AAAAUGAAGGUUAAAAUGUUAACAAGGAACCCAGAUGUUUAUCUGAGGGAAACUAUAAAAGAUAUUCAUAAAGUACCAAGAAAUUUUGAUCCCAGUUUACAUCCUUUUGAAGUUCAAAGAGAAUAUGUGAAAGCUUUAAAUGCUGUAAAACUUGAAAAAGUAUUUGCUAAGCCAUUUGUCGGUAAUUUAGAUGGGCACAAAGAAGGAGUUACUUGCAUUUCGAAACACCCAAAAAAACUUUCUUACAUUUUAAGUGGAGCAUAUGAUGGCGAAGUAAAAUUAUGGGAUUUAAGUUCUAAAAAAUGUUUACAAACCAUUCAAGCCCAUGAUAGUUGUAUUAGGGGUUGUACAUUUUUGCCGGAUGGAGAACAUUUUAUAACGAUUGGAGAUAAAAAUAUUAAAAUAUGGGAAACAGAAAUUUCAAAUGAAAAUUUUAUUGAACCUACAGACACAAUGGUUUCUAAGUCUGUGUUAAAUGCAAUCAGUCACCAUCAAACUGAACCUCUCUACGCCACAUGCGGAGAAAUUUGUCAAAUUUGGGAAGAAACAAGAAGUGAGCCGAUUCAAACAUUUAAAUGGGGUGUAGACAGUUUACAUGAUGUUUCAUACAAUCCAAUAGAAUCAUAUCUAUUAGCCACUUGUGCCAGUGAUAGAAGCGUCAUACUUUACGACUCCAGAGCGACAGGCCCUGUUCGAAAAAUCAAAAUGAAACUCAGAAUUAAUAAAAUUUGCUGGAAUCCUAUGGAAGCAUUUGUUUUUACAGGAGCAUCUGAAGAUUACAAACAAUAUUCGACUCCUAUUCAUGUUCAUAAGGAUCAUGUAUCUGCUGUAAUGUUUGUCGACUAUUCUCCUACUGGUAAAGAAUUUGUCAGUGGAGGAUAUGAUAAAUCGAUUAGAAUAUUUAAUGUUAAUAAGAGUUCAUCUAGAGAAAUUUAUCACACUAAAAGAAUGCAAAGGUUAUCAACGGUACAAUGGACAUUAGAUGACAAGUAUAUAAUAUCCGGUUCGGAUGAAAUGAAUAUAAGAAUAUGGAAAGCGCGAGCAUCGGAAAAACUGGGAAUAUUAAGGCCCAGAGAAAAAUUAGCAUUAAAUUAUAACGAAGCACUUAAAGCUAAAUAUGCCGCUCACCCGCAGAUUUCUAGAAUUAAACGUCACCGUCACGUUCCCAAAUAUAUUUAUAAUGCUAGACGACAAUUGAAAAUGGCCAACGAAAAGAUUUUAAGAAAGGAGGAUAAUCGUAGGAAGCAUUCAAAACCUGGAACGGUACCAUCGGUUUCCGAAAGAGAAAGACAUUUCAUCGGGGUAGAGGAGUAG